UACGUUGUGAACAAAGGAUCACAAUAGCUGUUAGUGCAUUGGUGAUGAUUGUGUGCUUCUAAUUUAAGUGGUGAACAAAAAUCUUUAUGCCAACCAUUACUAAUUUUACAGGAAGUGAAGGCUAUCAAAACCCAAUGGCGUCAGACCAGGAAUCGUGUUCCGAUGAGGAACCUGACAGCGAGAUGCUCAGUGAUGAUCUUUGUCUACCUGACAGUGAUGAUGAUCGACUCACAUCUAGAAAUUUAUCGAGCCUACCUGACGAUAUACCGGUGAAUUCUUGCAUCCUUCGUCCACCCCGGAAGAUGUUCACCAACUGUCGCGAGCGUUGGCGCCAGCAGAACGUCAGCGGGGCAUUCGCAGAGCUCCGACGACUGGUGCCGACACAUCCACCGGAUAAGAAGCUGUCUAAAAAUGAGAUCUUGAGGAUGGCUAUCAGGUACAUCGGUCUACUCUGCGAGGUAUUAGAAUGGCAGAAAAAUCACGGUCUGUUGACCAACAAAGAAAACUCGGGGUUGGCUAUAAAAUGCGAGCUACCGUUGAGCCCAACAUCCAGGCGUCUUCGCCAGAAAAGACCGUACGAUGAUGAGUUGAAAAGACCACUCCAGGAGAGUGAUUUCAUCAGAUACGGAAACGAAGAAAACGAGGAAGUAUUUAGGAAAUACCAAAGACUGCCGUCAAAAGAAUAUUUGUUUGGAAAAGACCAUUUGAAGAUGUUGAGGGGCCCAUAUUUUCUCCCGAGAUGGCGACAGAUGCCACUACGGAAUGUUACUGGAGAAAGAAACGGUAAUAACCUGCUGAUGAUUGCACCGGCUAGCAAAGAAGACGAGAAGAAUUGUAAAGAUAAAUCGGAUAAAGAAAAGUAACUGUAUGAAGUUGCGAUAGUUUCAGAGUUGACUCUGGAUUAUUCAGUAGAACGUACUAUUAUCUAUUCUGUGGUAGAACUUAAAGUUCCUGUUUAAAAAUUUGUUGUAAUUUAGGAGUC